AUGCUUUCUCCAGAUAGAUUCCAUCAGAUUAGAAUAUACAUGGCCCAACUAAAGGCUGUUAACAUCAACUUACAACAAAUGGAGUUCAAAGCUCAUAGUGGUUCUGUUUCAGAGUAUCAAUUAGAUGUUCUUUCUCAUUUGUUAGAUCAAGAAACAAAAUCUUUGCCUAACCUUCGAUUGAUCCAACAGCAACCACAGAUAAAUUUGAAUAUGCGUCCAUUAUUGUUAGACUUUCUUUUGGAAGUUAUAAACAAGUCCAAGAUGUCUAAAGCCACUUUUCCUCUUGCUGUCAACUUAAUCGAUAGAUAUUGCUCCACAAGAAUUGUUAAGAAGCAUCAUUUUCAACUAUUAGGUUUGACAUGUUUAUGGGUCGCUUGCAAAAACUUGGAUUCUAAGUUCAAGGUACCAAAUUUAGAAGAUUUACGCAGAAUGUGCUGCAAAUCAUAUGAUAAAAAGUUAUUCUUAGAAAUGGAGAAUCAUUUAUUGAUUUCCUUAAAUUGGUCUAUCAAUGCCCCUACAUAUGACACAUAUAUUGACUUGUUCUUAAACUUGCUCUUAGCCGGUUCUAAGAAUGCUAGUUUGAACAUGUCGUCUGAAACUUCAUCAAAGUUUGAAGCUUUCAACAGGCUAUUAGUGAGUGAUGUCAAGAUUUUAUCCUUAUUUGUUUGCGAGUUGAUGCAAUUCUAUCCUAACAUAUAUUUCAGCUUCACAACAAUUCAAAUUGCAAUCUGUGCGGUAAUUACCAGUAUGUUAAUUUUGGAAAUUCCUAUCAACAUCAACAGCUACUUGAAGUUCUUCAAUGAUGUUGUUCGCAUUUCAAAGCAAGAAGAUGACUGUGAUCGUCCUCUUUACGUGGUAAACAACAUUGAAUCAGUUACCGUUUAUACUGAAAAUGGAAUGUGUGAAAUGCCAUCACCUUUAGCCUCUCCCAAGAAUGUGACCCUGCCAACAUCUGCCAUCAGAUCUCUUAUGGAAACACGUGGCUUUACUGUCUCUAGUCCUACUGACUCACCAGCUUCCAAUUACUCCAUUGAUCACAAAGAAGUCUUAUCUUUCUCAUCUUUUAACCAAUUAUACUCAAAUUUGGUCAAAAUUUUGAAAAGUCCACCAAACUCAAUCAGAACUAAGUAUUUUAGCGAGGAAGGGAAGUAUGUUAGAUUAAUGAGAGCUGUGAUUGAUUUUGCUAACAUGAACAGAAGGUUGUACGCAUCUAUAAAAAGUGGCACUAAUGUCUCCUUCAUGAACCCAGCUAAUUCACAGCUUGGGGUAGGUAGUAAGGCUGUUAAUGGCUCGAAGCCAAGAGUUCGGAGAAUAUCCACAAUGGAACCCGUUACACCAAAUACACCCAAGUGUAACGGUAAUCAUUAUUGUUCACCUCCUACUCCUGUGUCAUCUAACAUUAGUCCAAAGGACAAGGAACCAGGUCCAUUUUUGUCUAUUCAACAUCAGCAACAACCUACUGCACGUCAAGCUAGUGCAACUGAGGUCAGAGCUAGAAAGAGAACUUUUGAAGAUGCGGUUGCAAUUGCAAACUCUUCUUCAACUGGAGUUUUUAGCAAGUCUGUCACUAUUAAUCCAGCAAUUACAACAGCGGAGGUAAUUUCUGCCAUUGGAACAGGAAAUAGAAUCAUAUCUGGUAAGGCUGAGUCACUUUUUGAAUUUCAACACAAUGAAAGCUCCAACUCAUUAUUCACUGCUUCUAUACCUGAAGGGGAAGAAAUGGAUUGCGACAAAAUGGCGGCCAGAGUGAUCUCUGGAACCAGCCAACAACAACGCUGCCAAUACAGCGUUGGUGGUGACAUGAAGAGAUGUAAAUCUCAACCCCAACUUUCCAACUUUCUUUAA